UGUUUAAAUUUUAAAAUGACUGCUUUACCUCAGUGUUACCUUAAAUCUUCUUUACAGAUUAGGAACAAUGGUCCGAGCGAUAUCGGUAGUGCCAAGCUGACCAUCAUGUGGCCUUCGAGGCAGAAAGACUCAGACAUCCUGGACAACGCCUACAUCUUGUACCUUCUGGACGCAAGCGUGACCCAGGGUCAAGGGCAGUGUGUGGUCAAGGGGUCAGGGGUCAACCCAGGGGGACUGGAGGCCCCCUCCAGUUCUGAGACCACAACUUCAGCCUCCAGACGUCGCAGACAAGCAGAGGCAGGGGACAGCACAGAUGAUGGGAGCAUUACAGAUGCUGAGAAACAGACGGCACAAGCCACCACCUUGGACUGCACCAACACAGACUGUGUGGAGAUAGAGUGCACCAUCGGCAGACUGAGCCCCGGCAGUGCCGUGGUGCAGAUCAGGGCUCGACUGUGGGAGAAAACACUGCUGGAUGUGAGUAGUUAAUAUCUAAGCAGAUCC